AUGACGGAGUUCAGACCUAUUAGCCUCUGUAACGUUAGUUACAAGAUCAUAUCGAAACUGCUAUCUAAGAGACUUAAGAGAGUUCUUCCUGAGCUGAUUUCGGAGACUCAAUCUGCCUUUGUGGCACGACGUUUGAUCACAGAUAAUAUUUUACUUGCGCAAGAGAACUUCCACGCCCUCCGGACAAACACCAGAGCUAGAGAAGAAUUUAUGGCCAUCAAGACGGACAUGAGCAAAGCGUACGACAGGGUGGAAUGGAGUUUUAUCCGGACCUUAAUGCUGCGUUUGGGGUUUGCAGAAAAGUUGGUUGAUCUUAUUAUGUUUUGUGUUACAUCGAUCUCCUAUCAAGUGAUCAUUAAUGGAGAACCCAGGGGUAAAAUUAUACCCACGAGAGGUUUGAGGCAGGGAGACCCAUUAUCCCCGUUCCUUUUCAUCUUGUGCACUGAAGCUCUGAUCUCCCUUCUUAAAGGAGCGGAGGAUGAGAAGCGCAUCUUAGGACUACGUGUGGCUCGGGCCAGCCCCCGGAUAUCUCAUCUUCUCUUUGCGGACGAUAGCCUUUUUUUCUGCAAAGCAGAAGUGAGACAGUGCAAGGAAAUUUUAGACAUCUUGGACUCAUAUGGAAAAGCUUCGGGACAGCAACUAAAUGCGACUAAAUCUUCCAUCUUUUUUGGAAAUAAGGUCGAUCAAAACAUAAAGCAGAAUAUAAAGGCUGUUCUUGGGAUUACUACUGAAGGUGGGAUGGGCAAAUACCUAGGACUCCCAGAGCAAAUUUGUGGCUCUAAGAUGAAAGUUUUCUCUUACGUACAAGACCGUCUUAAUGGAUGUGUUACCUCGUGGUCCGCUAGAUUACUCUCGAAAGGCGGUAAAGAGGUUCAAAUAAAAUCUGUGGCGCAAGCUGUGCCGACAUACAAUAUGUCGUGCUACUUGCUUCCACAAGGCAUUGUGGAGAAACUAAAGAGUGCUAUCUCAAACUUUUGGUGGAGCUCGAGCCAAAACAACCGAGGAUUACACUGGAUUGCAUGGGACAAGAUAUGUGUUCCACAUGAUCAAGGUGGACUUGGUUUUUUGGACCUACACGACUUUAAUAUCGCCCUAUUAGCAAAACAACUUUGGAGAUUGAUCCAGUUUCCAAACUCUCUGCUUGCUCGAGUCUUGAGAGGACGGUACUAUAAUCGAUCAAGCCCCUUGGAAGAUCGGAAGGUCUACUCACCCUCAUAUGGCUGGCGUAGCAUUAUGGCAGCAAAACCACUCCUCAAAUCGGGCCUACGAAAGACUAUUGGAGCAGGACAAAACACAUGUGUUUGGUCUGAGCCUUGGAUUCCGGACAUUGAGGCUCGCCCGCCGAGACCAUCCAAUCAAAUCACUCAUAGACACCCAAAACUCCUUGUCCACUCCUUCAUUAGGCGUGAUACAAGGGAUUGGGAUACUAACCUGUUACUAGAAUACUUUCAUUCUGAGGAUAUCCCGUUAAUACUCAAACUACGACCAAGUAAUACGUGGUCUAUGGAUGGGUAUGCGUGGAACUUUACAAAGUCGGGCGUUUACUCAGUAAAAUCAGGAUAUCAACGUUUACAGAAGACUAAACCAUGUGAUGACGAAGCUCAGAUUGUACAACCAAGUAUCACUGGUUUACAGAGCCAUGUGUGGAGUAUCCCCGCUCCCGGGAAGAUGAAACACUUUAUGUGGCAAGCUUUGACAGGAUGUAUUGCUACAGCCGAAAGACUUGCAUAUAGACACUUGGGAACCGAUAGGAGCUGUCCUAGGUGCGGUGACCCUAAGGAAACCAUUAAUCACCUCCUCUUUGAAUGCCCCCCGGCUCUCCAGGUGUGGGCUUUAUCGGACUAUCCGUCCCUUCCGGGUUACUUCCCGAGUACCUCUGUUUAUCAAAACAUGAACUUCCUUUUUUGGAAGAAGAGAAACGUGACCCCUAGGGAACCACUUAUUGAGACUUUUCCAUGGAUCUUAUGGUACAUUUGGAAGGCUCGCAAUGAUAAAUUUUUCAAUGGUAAGGAUAUCUCCCCAUUGGAUUCCCUCCAGCUAGCUUCCCUCGAAGCUGACUGUUGGAGGAAAGCAAAUUUACUGGAGGAGGGAGAAGAAGAGGAGCAACAUCCUACUCCGUCACUGGUUUCGACUUCUUCUGUGGACCCCCAACGUCCGACCUGCCAAAUCGAUGCAUCAUGGAUCGAGAAUAGCACGGUUAGUGGCUUACGGUGGUUCUACAAGGAUCAAAUGGGAGUUGAAAGAUUUGGCCUACAAGGAUGCAGGAAAAGCCUAUCAGCUCUCCAUGCAGAGAUGGAAGGACUCAUAUGGUCGAUGUCCUGCUUACGAGAGUUACAGUACACCGUGAUUCAUAUCGAGACUGACUGUUCGGACCUGGUGGACAUGAUUUCGAACCCUACUGACUGGCCGGCUUUUGCCUCCGAGUUAGUUUCCUUUCGACUUUUACGAGCCGGUUUCUUGGAGUUCAGUAUCAGCCGCAUACCGAGGACAAGAAAUUCUCGUGCAGAUUCUCUCGCCAAGGAAGCAAGAUGUAGCAGUGUUCUCUUUUCCCAUAUUGAUCAGACUCAGUCGGACAGAGCGUCUCUUCGGAACGACUCAAACCCGACUACCACUUGA